UGUGUAUCAACUUAGUAGAAAAUGAGAUUUCCACUAUGAUCGCUAUGAUUGCUUGUUCGCAUAUAAAGAGUUUUUCGAGACGAAAAUAUCUCAGUUGAUCAAACAUCAGUGUCACACAACAUCAGUGUCACACACCAUAAUACGUGGAUACUCCUAAACGAUUUAUGCGACACGUACAUAUUUACAUCAAAUUUACACUUCAACAAAUAAAUAGUCAAAAUGCGGUGCACAUUUCGUUGGGUCUUGUUAUUCCUGUUGGGCGCGGUAACGCGCGCAUACGUCACGCAGAAGAAGUUCAUCGAAGUGCACGAGAUGGACUCCAAGGAAUUAUCACCGAUGGACCAGCUGGCUCCGGUGGACCCGGCGUUACACGCGUUCCCGAAGACGCCGACCGUGCCCCUUCUGCCGAAUUGCAUGAAGCGGGGCUACCUACGGGAUCCCUUCAACUGCAGCAAGUUCUACCGUUGCGACUACGAUCACGCGGUGCCGAAGGCGUUCUACUGUCAGUCGGGACUGAUAUUCAACACGCUCACAGAAUCGUGCGACCACCCUCAGUACGUGCAGUGUUGAGAGAGAGAGAGAGAGAGAGAGAGUACAUUAAGUUUCCGCCGAGCUACGAAUAGAAGACGGCUUCACAGACGUACCGAGGGAGAGAAUUAUUCGUUACCAGGAGCGAACGAGAAAAUACAUUUAUUAACCAUGCUAUUUACAUAAGUAAUACAGAAUAUGAGGGGAUAUUUGUUUCUUAUAUUGCGCCGGGUGUGUAGAAAGGCGUUGCCGCCAUCAU